GAGGCCGCAGCCGCCAUGGCGGCCCGGGCGGUGCUGGACGAGUUCACGGCGCCGGCCGAGAAGGGGGCGCUGCUGGAGCGGAGUCGCGGCCGCAUCGAGGGCCUGUUCGGCGUGAGCCUGGCGGUGCUGGGGGCGCUGGGUGCCGAGGAGCCGCUGCCUGCGCGCAUCUGGCUGCAGCUCCGCGGCGCGCAGGAGGCGGUGCACAGCGCCAAGGAAUAUAUUAAAGGAAUCUGUGAACCCGAACUAGAAGAAAGAGAGUGUUACCCCAAAGCCAUGCACUGCAUUUUUGUUGGGGCACAGAGCCUGUUUCUGAAGAGCUUGAUUCAGGAUACCUGUGCCGACCUCUGCAUUCUGGACAUUGGUCUUGUUGGCAUCAGAGGGAGUGCCGAGGCCGUGGUCAUGGCGAGGAGUCACAUUCAGCAGUUUGUAAAGCUCUUUGAGAAUAAUGAGAACCUACCCAGCAGUCACAAGGAAUCAGAGGUGAAAAGGGAAUUUAAACAAUUCGUUGAAGCCCGAGCAGACAAUUAUACCAUGGACUUGUUGAUUUUGCCCACUUCCUUGAAAAAAGAACUUUUGACUCUCACACAGGGUGAGGAGAAUCUGUUUGAAACAGCAAAUGAUGGUGUUACUGAAGUGAGAGAUUCUAAACAGACAGAGUUUACACAGAAUGCUGCAGUGGGGCUGAAUAUUUCCAGAGAUGAAAUUGUUUUGCAGGAAGAUGCCAGAAAUAAAGCUGGCACUCCUGUUUCUGAGCUUACAAAACAAAUGGACACAGUCUUUGCCAGUUCGCCCGAUGAACUUUUUGUUCCAGUAAACGGCCUCCCCCCAGAUGAAGAGGCGCUUUCCAAAGACAGAAUUUGUCACAAAAGGAGAUCUUCUGAUUCUGAAGAAAGACAUACCAAGAAGCAGUUUUCUUUGGAAAACGUUCAAGAGGAGGAGCUUUUACGUGACGGUAAGACAUCAGCCAGCAGUGUAAUCAUUGACCUGUCUGGUUCUCCUGAUUCCGAACAUUUAAGUCCAGAUGGAAAAGACACUACUGAGGAAAUGGAAUACAACAUCCUCGUAAACUUUUUUAAAACCAUGGGCUAUUCCCAGGAAAUUGUUGAAAAGGCCAUUAGGGAAUUUGGGCCAUCUGCUGAACCGUUGCUGCUCUUAGAGGAGAUUGAGAAAGAAAACAAAAGGAUCCAGGAAGACAGAGAAGUUUCACCUGGUGCUCUGCACCCAGAGACCAACAAAACCAAAAACAAAGGUGUCUGCAGCAGCGUAAGUGAGCUUACGGUGGAUUCCACUCCAAAGAAGACGCAGACUCAGACGCAGCAAAAUACAGUAGAAAAAGUUUCUCAGCUACUGUUCAAAGUGGAAUCAAAACCAUGUACCUCAAAUUGCAAAACUGAUACUUUCAGAACAGUGCCGACAGAACAGAAACAAACCUGGGGUUCAAACCAGAGCUACACUUGUAACGCAGACCUUGAAACUGAUGGCCCUGCACCCUCUGUCACCCCGUCAAGCCCCAAAGAAGCGGUCAGUUUUGUUUCAAGGGGAGCUUCAGGUCAUCAGCCCAGAAUUCCAGUUCUGCAGCCCCAGGCAGAGCCCUUCCUUCCAAACAACACCAAAUCUGCCUGUGGCGGCCGUUCAGGGUGUGGCAGCUCCCCGGCUAAGCCCAGCUGUCCAGCCCUUUCUCCACCCAUGCGGCUGCCCCAGCCACCACCUUCGGUUGCUGAUGCGAGGCUGGCAGGACUGUCCGAUCACGUUGAUUCCUCAGUUACAGGGGUUCAGAGGUUUCGAGAUACUCUGAAAGUCCCCUACAAGCUGGAAUUAAAAAACGAGCCAGGGAGAGUGGAUUUGAAGCACAUCGUUAUAGACGGGAGCAACGUCGCAAUCACCCAUGGUUUGAAGAAGUUUUUCUCUUGUCGUGGAAUCGCCAUUGCAGUUGAGUACUUUUGGAAGCUUGGCAACAGAAACAUCACUGUAUUUGUCCCUCAGUGGAGAACAAGGCGGGAUCCGAACAUCACAGAACAACACUUCUUAACCCAGCUCCAGGAGCUUGGAAUAUUAUCUUUAACUCCUGCACGGAUGGUCUUUGGAGAAAGAAUUGCUUCUCAUGAUGACAGGUUUCUUCUGCACUUAGCAGACAAAACUGGUGGCAUAAUUGUAACAAAUGAUAACUUCAGAGAAUUUGUGACCGAGUCAGUCUCUUGGAGAGAAAUUAUUACGAAAAGGUUGCUUCAGUAUACUUUUGUCGGGGACAUAUUUAUGGUUCCUGAUGAUCCCCUGGGAAGAACUGGACCUCGGUUAGAAGAAUUUCUUCGGAAGGAAGUCUUCCUUAGAGAUAUGCAGCCCCUACUCAAAGCCCUGCCAAGUGUGGGCGUGUUUGACCCCAGCUUCAGAGUCCCUGGCAUCCAGGCAGCCAGCACCAGCCACCAGCCUCCAGCCCGGAUUCAGGGAGCCCUUCCAAGCCACUGGCUUCCUCAGCAGCCCCACUUCACCCUCCUUCCGAACAUCCAGCAGAACCUGCCUGGGCCAGCCCAGAGGUCUUCUGUGGAAACCAGCCAGCUGAGGGAAGCCCUCCUGAAGAUCUUCCCUGACUCCGAGCAGAGACUGAAAAUCGACCAGAUUUUGGUGGCCCACCCGUACAUGAAAGAUCUGAACGCGCUGUCUGCCAUGGUGUUGGAUUGAAGGGGGUGUUGCAGCGGCGUCGGGAAGCCAGAGCUCAGGGCUGACUGAUAGAACCCCAGCCAGUGUCUGUACCAGAUGGGAAAUAACAUAAUGUGAAGAUGCCUGUUUCCCAGUGUACACGCUGUUGGACCGCAUAGAACAAACCAUGUUUUGUGUAUAAAAACCCGGGGUUUCAGAACCAGCGUUUUUCUAUAUAUAAACUAUGCUGCUGUUACAGAGUUACCAUUUUCUGUAAAAGGAAAGUCCACAUUUUCUGCCUGUUCAGAAUUGUUUAAUAGCAAUUUACUCUCAAGUGUAUUUACAUUUUUAUGUUUUUUAAACUAUUUUCCUUAAAGCUAAAGAUAUUGACAAAUGGAUAUGAUUAGCCUUUCUAAAUAAAAAAGAAAAAAAAACAGAGUUGCUUUCUUAACGAAAGCAAGACCUCUUAAAGUAUAUUUUCUGAGCUGAGUCUGUCACGUCCACUAACAUGCAGUGUGCUCGCCCCCAGCCCCCUGACCCUCAGCCCUGUAGUUGGGGGUGGCAGGAGUUGGGGGAGCCUUCAUUUGGGCCCCAUUUGUGAGAGUGGACCAGAGGCGCCACUAGAUGGCACUUUGUGCCUGUUUGUUGUUAAUGCCCAGGGCAGAGUUAGGCUCACAGAAUACCAGAGCUCACGAAGGCCAGCCCUUUUUCUCCUUCCACUCACCACAGGAGGGAGCUGAGCUUAGCCUGCUCACCA